AUGAAUCUGAAAUACCUCUGUUGCACACUCAGCGUUCUGAUAUGCUCCGCGUCUGCCGACCGAGAUUUUGACAGAAGAUUUCAAUUGCUCAUUAAGCGUGCAAUGCCCACUUUGUCAGCAGAAUUAGCGUCAUCGAGCGCGAUUAUCUUCCCCAUCACAUCUCAACCGCUGUUUAAGCGUGCGAUGCCCACUUUAACAGUCAGCUCAAAUACAUCCAGUCUCAACACGAGCUCCACGAGCUCCACGAGUUCGGCCUCUCUCUCGUCUUACAGCGCUACAUUCACACCCAGUGUUCCCCACACGGCAGGAAACAAGCACAUUUACAGAACGUCGUAUCCUACUGGAACGGUGUUUGUCAUCGUUGGGGCUAUCAUUGGGUUUUUGGGAGUGCUUUUCUCGAUCAUCUGGCUAUUAUUUGCAAUCAGAGGGUGGUUAAGUGCACGCCGUGAGUACCGGUCGCAGAGCAUUCAAGCGCGCUAUCAAGCAGACCCCUUCAUGUUUCAAUCUGGCGAUGCUGAUUCAGAAUACUCAGAUGGUUCCACUCACAGCGAUGUCUCAGAGAGUGUUCUGAAGGCAAGGAGUUCCAAGCGACCUGAACUGCGCACUUUAGGCUCUCAAUCCACAAUAGACCUGCUCCAAGGAGGAACCCUGCCUGCUGGUAUGAUUUCGCACGCUGAACGUAACUCCAUGUUCAUAUCUCCCACCGAAAUCAUGAAAAAUACAGCAAACGCCAAAAGUUUGUCAUCUAACGACACACCACAAUCCGCUUUUUCCGAGUUUAUGGCCCCGGUUCGAAACACACAUAUCUUGGAACAUUCAGAUCCUCUAUAUCAGGUCGCGUAUGGCGAACCACGGGCGGUGAGGCCGCCCAGCAUCAACCUGGAGAAGAUGUUCGACGAGGAUCUGUAA